AUGGACAUAGAGCCGCAGUUCCGCGCGCAGCAGUACCACGCGCCGCGCCAAGACCCGCCCAACGUCGUUAGCGUUGCUGACGCCACCAUGGAUGAAGUCGGCAGCCCGGACCGCAUGCCCCGCCGCUCCCCCCUGCAGCCCUCACCAGACCACUACGCUCGCUCGUCUCCGACCGCUUGCGAGCCGCACGUUCCGUCCAACGCAGGCAGCUAUGACCCCCGAAGCGGUUACCAAGUUACUCCUAGUAGGACCGCGUCGCCUCCCAGGCGGGACUCGAAUUCCCUCUUUUCUCGCCGAAACCGCGGAGCGCUCAGUCCACUGACCACGUUUCAAUCCCCUUCCACCUCCGCCCAAGCUUCGUCCGCUUCCGCCGCUCCGCUGAAUCUAGAAUCCGCCGCGCAAGGCGGCUUUGCCCCUGCCAAUGGGGCGCGGAGCUCCCGUUCCCCCUCCCCCCGCUUUUUCCAGCCCGCUACAGGCACCGACUCCCCGACAAUCUCCCCCGACCAUCCCCGCACCGGACUGUACCUGGGACCCGCGCCACGGAAUUCCCCGCGCGGAACGGCGGGCGGCGGAAUGCCGUCCGCUCAACGUGCGGGUUCGCCAGCUGGUGUGGCGGGCGGCGCUGGGACUGGCGCGGGGCUUCAAGUGAACCCGUUCAUCCUGGCGCACGGGGGCUGUCCGCGGUCCCCCAUGCGCUCCCGCCAACAGCUUUCCGCGCAUGGUGGCUCGCAGCGCGCAAUUGCGCCAUCUCCGCUUUCCGAGCUGCUUAGCGCGGGAGGUUCGAAUCGAAUGGAUAUCCAGCCUGGCUCGCUAGAAGCAGACUCGUUACAGAUACAGAUUCCGAAGGAUCACAAGCCUCUGUCGCAGCAGCAUUUUACAAAUGACGGUCGAUCGCAACACGGGCAGCAGAGGGAGGAACUCCUGCAAGAGAGCGACUCGUGCUUGGAGCAGCAGUUCCAGCAGCCGUCACAGCAGCAAGCGCGGCAGCUUUAUUCCCAGCAGAGCGUGCCGUCCGCCGUGCCGUCCUCCGUGCCGCCCCAUCGGUCUCCACGAUCGUCGUCACUCGACAGCUACGACCACGUCAUCGCGUCGCACGCGCCCGUCGCGUAUCGCGCGCAGCUGCCCUCCCCCAAGCAACUCUCCGCGCCUCUCAACCCGCACGCGUCGCAAACUACUCCGCCGCGGAGCGGCGCGCCAGGCCACAUUUCCCCCUCGCGCGGGGGCGCGGGGCCGCCGAGCGCCUGCGCGCCCAUCGCCACCCCCCGGCCGGUCCGCCCGGCCCAUCGGCGCACAGCCUCCGCUUCCGCCGCCUCCGCGCUCCUCCAGCACAACUUCUCCGCCGACAUGCUCGAGGGCAGCUCCUCCCCGCGCCCCGCUUUCUUCUCCCGCCCGCCCCCCUCCCCGCGCCACACACCCGCGCAGCCUAUUGCGCCAUCCGCCGCAGCGGCGCUCGUGGCCGCCGCUUCCGCGGGAAGCGGACCCGCGACGCCUCGGGGAGCCUCUCCGCGAAGGAGCUCUUCCCCCGCGGGAGUGCGCGCGGUGAACAGUGCGAGCCGCGCCGCACAGGACUUGCACGCGCGGCUGCUAGCUGCCGCUCAGAUGAUUGCCGACGGGGACACGGCGGGUGCAGCUGCUACAGCAGAAGCGGCAGCGGCUGUAGCGGCUGCGAUGCAGCAGCAGCAGCAGCAAUGGCAGGCGCAACAGCAGCAGCAGGCGCACCAGGCGCAGCAGCAGCAGCAGCAGGGAGGGGGGAAGCGGCAGGGCCGGGCAAUAGGGAUUUCGGAACUGCAGAUGGAGCGGGGGGGCGCGCAAGGAAGCUCCGCGCCAGACGGGAGUUUCCCGUUUAGGGGAAACUCCCCGCUGAGGCAAGCUGGCGGCGCAGCAGCGGUGGGGGUAGCGGGCCACGCGGAGAGGGCAGGGGGAGACGCGGCCGGAGCAGAAAUGCGCACAGGCGGAGCAGGCGCGGGGGGAGUCUCCCCCACCUCUGAGCGCGCGGAGCAGUUGAAGCGGCGGGGGAGCGCGAUGCUGGGGGAAGAGGAGAUGCGCGCCCUCUCGCACAUGUCCCUGGGGGGUCCCUCAGGGGGCGUUGCGCGUUCAGGUGGAAUUUCAGGUAGGCGCGCAGGCGCAGGUGACUUUGCAGGUUUCUCGGGUGCUGGUAACGGGGGAGCUAGUAUCGGGGAUGCGGGGGCGUGCAAUCGUCCUGUGAAGCAGCGGGUGUCCACAGGCCAUCGAUCCGCCUCCAGUGGCGUUGGCGGGGGUAGCGGCGGGGGGAGCGGCGGAGGCAGCGGCGGGGGGAGUGGUGAUUAUCCAUCCGCGCUUUCCGCCGCCGCAGCUGCUGCACUAGCCGCAGCUGGGGCUCCAGUGGGGAUUUCCCCAGGGGAAAUUACCCAAAUAGCCCAGAAAUGGAUGGAGCUGCAGGCGGGGGGGUGCCUGGGCGGGUACAUGCACAGUUCGCCCUCGCCUUCCGCCGCUGCUGCCGCCGCCGCUGCUGCUGCGGCCGCACGCGCUUCUGCGUCUGUCGCUGCUGCUGAUGUGGCGGCAGCAGCUCGCGCACAGAAAGCAGCAGCGGAAGCGGCGGCGGCGGCAGCAGCAGGAGGCGCAGGAGGCGCCUCGUUAGGCGGCGCCUCUCCCGUUUCCGCAACAGCAGCGCGAGCAGCAGCCAAUAGGAGAGCCGCACGUCAUCGCCGCACAGGCAGCGCGGAUUUCGUAUUGAACAACCCGGGGGAGGCGCUGAAGUCUGCAGGCCCCCUGCGCCAGACUCUCAAGCGCGCCAGCGCCAGCGGGAACACACAGCAGCAGGCUCGCCCGCAGCACCAGGUGGUUCCUCAGGUGUUUUCUCAGGUGGUGGCGCCACACCGCCAGCAGCAGGGGCGGCAGCUGAACGCUACACUGGGCGCUGGCAUGCGCAAGCCAGCAAGUUUUUCGGGCAACGUGGAGGAUGUUUUCGGGCAGUACGAGGGGUUGCCCCCACGAGACCAUGUUCUUAGGAAAGAGUAUGGGGAGAUUAAAGGCCUAUUUGUUCUGCAUAGUAAGGAGCUGGGCAGCGGGCAGUUUGGAAUCAUUCGGCCGUGCAUGGAGGUGGCGACCGGGCAGGUGUUUGCGUGCAAGACCAUCAACAAGAAAUGUAUUCAGACGAAGGAGGACGCGGAGGACAUUCGCAAGGAGGUGGCGUGCCUCACACUGCUGCGCAACCACCCCACCAUCGUGACUCUCAAAGACACCGUGGAGGACGAGGAGAACAUCCACAUAGUGAUGGAGCUGUGUCAGGGCGGCGAUCUCUUCGACCGGGUGAGCAGCAGUGGGCGGCUGUCGGAGCAGAGUGCCGCCCGGCUGUGCAGAGCGCUGGUGGAGGCGCUGCUGCACUGCCACUGCCACGGCAUCCUGCACCGCGACAUCAAGCCCGAAAACAUCCUGCUCUGCGACCGGUCGGAGGAUUCAAGGAUCAAGCUCGUUGACUUUGGGGUGGCCACCUUCUUUGACCCCGGCAAGCGGCUGACGGAGAUGCUGGGCACGCCCGAGUACAUGGCGCCAGAGGUGCUGCUGCAGUCCUACGGCCCCGAGGCCGACAUCUGGUCGGCGGGCGUCGUUUUAUACAUCCUGCUGUGCGGCGUGCCGCCCUUCUGGGCGUCGUCGCGCAAGUGCGUGGCGGAGGCGAUUCUCAAGGGAUCCGUGAGCUUUAAGUCUGCUAAGUGGGCGAAUGCGAGCGAGGAGUGCAAGGACCUUGUAAGGAGGAUGCUUACAAAGGAUCCACGGGAGAGAAUAACGGCACUGGAAAUCCUGGGUGAGUGCGAGGGUGGGGCGGGAGAGUGGAAGGCGGAAAUGACAGGCGCCGGGCGGCAUGAGUCUCGGUAA